UCCUUAGUGCUCGUUAACGUUGCGUCAAAAUUCGUACAAGUUUUUUAAAUCCAUUAAUACCCUCCAUCCCUCUUCUCUUCACUUCCUCGAUUCGAUUUCUUCACAGCUCCGGCAACCUUCUAUUCUUUAACUCAGCCGCAGCAGGUGCACAGCAGCUCCGGCACCUACGACACCGGCAGAAAAAGUACUAAAAAACGACAUCACCGCUGGAAGGAACCGAGGCAAACUUCCUCAACCAAAGGCGAUCGGUCGUUUUAUAUGCCUCCAACCUUGCACCUCCGCACACUAGGACCUCGGUAGGGAUCACAACAGCGUUCUCGCCGUAUAGCUCUAUGGGGAGAAGAGCAGACAUUCCCGAUGCAAGACAGCACUGGAAACUCGCGAACAAGGAACAACCUUACCGGUAUCGCAGGGUUCAAGAGAAUGGAGCGAUUGUUACUUUGUUAGCAAGGAUGAAGAGAUUGUCGUCUGCGGGGAGGUAUACAAAUGGGUAGAGAUUGUUCUCGCCCUCGUCGGUCGUCUAACGGAGGAGGGGCAAAUCGUAGUUGGUAGGAUUGGAUUUACCUUCCUCGGGUACAAAUUAAUAGUUGAACAUGCGACGACCACCGAGUCACCGACUACGAUGAAGCUUCCAUCGGGUAAGAUCUGUUAGGUGUCAUACCAUCUCUGGCCAGAGUGCAGUUGGGUACUCCUUCCAACCGCAGGUAUCACAUGCAGAGAGGUAUCUCAUUUAAACUAGUACAUUUUUGGAAGUUUAGGUAAUGAAUUGACAUGUUUUAAAGUUUCGGAACCAAAAUGACAAUAGCCUAAAAUAUACAAAAGUUUUCCCAUUAUUUAAUCAGGGUGGUUUAAGUAUUUGUCAUAAACGUUUGGGGAGGUUUAAGCAGUUUACCCUACUGGCUACUUUUAACAUCGGGUGAGUCAGCUGUAUGUUUUCAGGUUUUCCAUUCAUUGCACAAUUUCAGAGAACUAGUUUCGUGUUCAUUAAAGUCGUAGAAGUCCCGGAUUUGUGUCUAUAUCCUGGUCCGAACGGUAGUUUGUUGUUUGUUCCUCUUCCACGGCUAAGGUAAGAGCGACCUUUUUCACUUUUGAUCAAACUCUAGAGUCUGGAUCGGCAUCUCUCACUAUGGUGGAACUCAAACUAAGCAGUUAGCUUUUAGAAAUGAUUAUAAAACCAAAACUCGCUCGCUACCUCUGUCGUGUCGGCCAUGGCCGUGACCUCUUCCGUUUCUGUAUUUCAAGUCUACCUUCAACAGAUGAUCUGGACUUCCAGGAUGCCAGAAAUGAGCUGGAUGCCCGUGUCAGGUCCCUCUGUGAAAAACCCCGUUGCCAGUUUGGGGAAGCGGUCGCUACUCUCAACCGUGCCAUUGAUUCAGGUCUCACGCCUUAUAGUGGAACCUGUAAUUUCUUCAUCGAUGCUCUCGUGAAAUUUAGAAACCAUGAGUUGGCUCUAAUGGUGUAUAAACGGACGACACAGUCAGGAAUUUUGCCUAAUUAUCGAUCCUUGUGCGCUCUAAUCGACUGUUUCCUGCAUACCCAGAAACUAAAAUUCGCUUUUGGAGCCGUAGGAUUGGUCUUGAAGCGUGGUUACAACAUUAAUGCAUUCCCAUUGAAUCUCAUACUGAAAGAACUCUGUCAAAGACAUGAGGUCGGCCAGGCUUUGGAACUUUUUGGCGAAAUGAAGAGAAAUGGAGUCUGCCCUGAUGUUAUUACUUAUAACACACUCAUAAACGGGCUUUGCAAAGCAAAGAAAUUGGAAAAUGCUUUAGAGUUGUGGGGUGAGAUGGAGGCAAUGAAUUGUAGCCCUAAUUUGAUUACGUACACUAUACUCAUGGAUGGUGUAUGUAAGGAAUAUAGGGUAGAUGAAGCAAUUGGUUUGUUGGAUGAGAUGCGUGAGAAGGGGCUUGAUGUGGAUGUUGUUGCAUAUAGUACAGUUAUAAGUGGGCUUUGCGGUAGGGGAAGUGUCUAUCGGGGCAAGGAACUGUUGGAUGAGAUGUUGGAGAAAGGAAUUGUUCCCAAUGUCGUUACUUAUACUUCCUUGGUCCAUGGUUUUUGUAAGAUGGGUAAUUGGAAAGAAGCCACAGCAAUGUUAAGUGCCAUGACAGAACGUGGGAUCCAGCCAGAUGUUGUUACAUAUACAGGCUUGAUUGAUCAGCUAUGCAAGGAUGGAAAGGCAAAGGAAGUGAUGGACAUUGUGACCUUGAUGAUGGAGAAAGGUGAAGAACCAAGUACCAUAACAUAUAAUGUUAUAAUUAAUGGGUUAUGCAGAGAAGGCCUGGUGCCUAAUGCUUUUGAACUUGUGGAGAUGAUGAGGGGAAGAAGGAAGAUUCCUGAUGUGGUAACAUACAAUACAUUGAUUGGAGGACUUUGCAGUAGUGGGAAGGUUGAUGAGGCAAUGAUGCUACUCGACAAGAUGGUCAAUGGUGAAUAUGAUGUUGAGCCAGAUGCCAUGACCUUUAACAUGCUAAUCCAGGGACUCUGCAAGGAAGGCCAUCUUGAUAAGGCUAUAGAAAUUCAGCGGAAGAUGGUUGAGAGGAGGAACUGUAGUAAUUUGGUAACUUAUAACAUGCUUAUUGGUGGGUGUUUCAAGGCUAGAAAUGUUGACAAGGCUAUGGAGCUCUGGCAAGAGAUGCUUCAGCUGGGAUUUGUCCCAAACUCCUUCAGCUACAGUAUUAUGAUAGAUGGGUUCUGCAAGCUGCGGAUGAAUGAUACUGCAGUUGGACUUCUCUAUGAAAUGAAAGCUCGUGGGCAAAAUCCUACUUUGUUUGAUUACAACACAUUAAUGGCAUCUUUGUGCAAGGAGGGUAGUUUGGAGCAUGCACGAAAGUUGUUUCAAGAAAUGAAGGAUGCAAAAUUUGAGCCAGAUUUGACAUCAUUUAACACCAUGAUUGAUGGAACACUCAGAGCAGGGGAUCUUCAAGCUGCGAAAGAUCUUCUUGUGGACAUGUUUGAAAGGGGCUUGUCUCCUGAUGUUAUAACUUUUUCCACAUUAAUAAAUAGGUUUUCAAAAGUAGGGAAAUUGGAUGAGGCCAAGAGACUGUGUGAGAGCAUGGUUGAUCGUGGCUUUUCACUAGAUGCCGUCGUAUAUGAUUCACUAAUAAAAGGAUUUAGUGCGAAAGGUGAGAUGGAUGAAGUUAUCAAUUUGCUUCGCCAGAUGGCAUCUAAGGGUGUAGUUCUUGAUAUGAAAAUAACCUCUACUAUUUUGAACUCUCUUUGUUUGGACACAAACAAUCCUGAGAUCAUGGAGUUCUUACCUACCUUUCAAGAAGAAGCUUCAAAAGGGACGAGUAUCUCGUGUCAUGAGUUAUUAAUGAGACUUUGUAAAUCACAUACAGAACUUCAAAUACAGUCUGAUUGGUAUUAGUGAGCUGCAGCAAUACUGUGCUAAGAAAGGCUUGGAGAUGCCAGUUGCUUCAGAUUUUCUGAGUUUUUAGGUUGAACAUGUAAACAAGACAUGAUAAUGAGCUUCUUCUGUUUAUUUCUAAGACUUUUUCUUCUUCACCUAUUUGUGGUUGGAUAUUCUUUGGUAGGUCAAUGUUAUGGACACAUAAAGGAGACUACGUCAUGAUACAGAUUUAGAAGUGGCAAUGAUAUGCUAUGCAACCUCUCAAGCUAUUACUACUAAGAAGCUGGUUUACUCUUCUAUGAAGGUGGGAAAAGGAUAUACAUUUCCACUACGUGCUCUUUAUGUUCGACUUUCUUAAGUGCUAGUGCAAGUGUUGAUUCAGCCAGUCAAAACUAAUCACCACAUUUGUUAAUGCUUUUGUAAUUGCUGGUUUUAGCCAGGAAAAGUGGAUAACUGUUCCUUCGGAAGCUUCAAGUGGUGGUUCGACUAGAAGUUAGUCAUUCCACAUAGGGCUAUCUAUGGGUAGGGUUUAGGUUGAGUCUUGGUAGAAACAGUUCCAAACCGAUUAAUAAUUAGGACAAAAUCAUGGACCCAGAACCAUCCUGGUUAACUUAAAAUUUAAGUUUAAAUUAGAAUUAGUGUUAAUAACCGAACUGAUUAUAUUGAAAGCUGUGUUUUAAUUCAAAUAGUAACUUAAAAUUUAAAAUUUGAUAUUAUAACCUUAAUAAAAUUGAUAAAAAAACUAAAUUGUUUUUAUGUGCUAAAAAAUUGAACACUUUUAACUGAUAUUAUCUAUCAUGUUUGCCAUUUUAAACAUAUAAUACGAUAAAAAUUAUAAGAAAACUAAGAAAAUAUUAUAUGUAACUAAUAAAAUAAUCGGAUUUGGGUCUGAAUCAGUUUGAAACAGGUGAGAAUAGGAAUUGACCUAGUUAUUAAUUCGGACAAAAUCAUUGAACCAGAACUGUUGUGAUUGGUUUGGUCUGUUCAAGUCCGUCGAGUAGACCCAGCCCAUUGAUAGUCUUAAUUCAAUAAUAAGGAACAAAGGAAGACUAGUGCUGUUGUAAGUCUGGAUUUCUUUUUCAUCUCUACUAUGAUCUGCUUUUCUUGAGUUUCAAUUCUUAGAAGAAAAAGAGAGAAGAGGGAAAAGCAUGGCUUGCAUUUUCUCUAGAGUCUCUUGAAUAUCAGCUCAUGUCCAACAGGAGCUUGGUAAUUGGCACAAUGCAUUGAAAGAUUAGUAUCAGAAGCAUUAACACCAACUUUAAGCUUGAGCAGUUCGUUGACCCUUUUGACGUAAUAAUUUCUCGACUGUAUCCAUUGUUUAUAACUUUAUAUUGAGGUGGUGAUAUGUAAUUAAUCUUCGAGCUACAAGGGAGUUCCAUGUAGGGGAACUGAUUUUUUAUAUUUUGAGAGCUGCUUUGAUAGCUUAGAAGUAGAGAAUGAAAAGAAGCUAAAAGACCUCAGAUACCCAGCGAUUUGGGGGUUUCAGGUUGCUUGGAUUUCUAUUUACGUAAUUGGAUAGGAUGGAAUUGUUGCAAGUUAAUAUUAGCAGCAAAAAGGGAGAUAAGAUGCUACGGCUGUGAAGUCGCCCAUGCAGCCAUGCAUGUUGUAUUUGAUCUAUGUUUGGAAAAUAUCUAUACAAUCUUGGCGUAUUGCUUGUAUUGUAUUUAUAUGUAUCAUGUGAUUACAUUGAAUGCUGGAAGUUAGAUGUUUUGUGA